ACGUCGGGCGGGAGCGUCGUCGCGUCCGGUGACGUCUCCCGCGGGCGUCGGCAGGGUUGGCGGCGUCGGCAGCCGUGUCGGCGGCGGCGGGUGGGAAAUGGCGGAGUACCUGGCCUCCAUCUUCGGCACCGAGAAAGACAAAGUCAACUGCUCAUUUUAUUUCAAAAUUGGAGCAUGUCGUCAUGGAGACAGAUGCUCUCGGUUGCACAAUAAACCGACCUUUAGCCAGACCAUCUUGAUUCAAAACAUCUAUCGUAAUCCCCAAAACAGUGCACAGACGGCUGACGGCUCACACUACCAUUGCCCUCUUGAACAUUUACCGUAACCCUCAAAACUCUUCCCAGUCUGCUGACGGUUUGCGCUGUGCUGUGAGCGAUGUGGAGAUGCAGGAGCAUUAUGAUGAAUUCUUUGAGGAGGUUUUUACAGAGAUGGAGGAGAAGUACGGGGAAGUCGAGGAAAUGAACGUCUGUGACAACCUAGGAGAUCACCUAGUGGGGAACGUUUAUGUCAAGUUUCGCCGUGAGGAAGAUGCAGAAAAGGCUGUGAUUGACCUGAAUAACCGCUGGUUUAAUGGACAGCCAAUCCAUGCUGAGCUGUCUCCUGUGACCGACUUCAGGGAAGCCUGCUGCCGCCAGUAUGAGAUGGGAGAGUGCACACGAGGAGGCUUCUGCAACUUCAUGCAUCUCAAGCCCAUUUCCAGAGAGCUGCGGCGGGAGCUGUAUGGGCGCCGUCGCAAGAAGCACAGGUCCAGGUCCCGAUCCAGGGAGCGGCGCUCUCGGUCCAGAGACCGUGGUCGUGGCGGUGGAGGCGGCGGAGGAGGUGGGGGCCGCGAGCGUGACAGGAGGCGAUCGAGAGAUCGUGAAAGAUCUGGGCGAUUCUGAGCCAUGCCAUUUUUACCGUAUGUCUGCUAGAAAGUGUUGUAGUUGAUUGAUCAAACCAGUUCAUAAUGGGAAUUUUUUUUAAAAAACAACAAAAAAAAACACAAAGAUGGGUUUCUGAAUAAAAUUUGUAGUGAUACAGUA